CACAGCAUGCCGGACUCGAUCCUGUUGAUCUCGCCGCCGUCCGACCUGUGCAGCAGCACUCCCGGCGGCAGUUGCCUUGGCGACACAACCGUGACCAGCCUCUGUUGCGAGGAGGCGGCCUCGGACGUGCCUCCCUCCUCCGGCCAGCUCGACGGUCGUGGCACCGACCCAGCGAGCGAAGAUGACUUUUGCCCCCCCCCACCGGCCUGGUGGCGCCUCCUCGAGCCCGGACUCGAACUGACCGGUCACGAGGGCUGCCGACUCGCCGUCUCGCCUUUCGGCUCGCCGUUCCCCAUCCAACCCUCCACCCGUCUCCCAGUCCCCCCCGAGCCGGACUCGACGCCGGGGCCGUCGAACCGGCUUGACCCGGCACACCCUCCCUUCUCUCCCGACACACAACAAGCCAAGGCCAUCGACCUCUCCUCCACAGUCUCCUCCUCCUGCUCCUCCUCCUCCUGCUCCUCCUCCCUCGCCUUCACUCCCUCGGCGUCGUCUUCCUCCCUCGUCAGCCCCCCCCGAUUCCACAAUGCUUCGGCCAGUCGGCUUGAAGAAGAGCAACACAUGCACGAUUUGGUCGCUCGCUCCUGGACAGGCCUCCCCUCCUGUCGCAAUUUUCCCCUCUGGCCGCUCGACUCUUGGCCGUCCGCAGCUCCCAGCGCCAACCCCACCACCUCCACCGACAUCGUCAGCGCCAGCGCCGUCAACACCUCCACCUCCACCUCCACCUCCACCAGUUCCACCCCCAGCAACGGCACCUCGUCGGUCGGCGAGGUCGAGAGCUGCCGUGGCAACUGCGGCGGCGGCGGCGGCACAACUCAAAGUCACGUGAAACGGCCGAUGAACGCCUUCAUGGUGUGGUCGCGAGGCCAACGGCGCCAGAUGGCCCAGGCCAACCCGAAGAUGCACAACUCGGAGAUUAGCAAACGCCUCGGGGCCGACUGGAAACUGUUGAGUGAAGCGGAGAAACGACCCUUCAUCGACGAAGCCAAGCGAUUGCGCGCCGUCCACAUGCGCAACUAUCCCGACUACAAAUACCGGCCAAGAAGACGGCCAAAGGUGGCUGCCAUGGCAAAAGCCGCCUUGACGACGUCAAUUGUAAGCAGACCUAUCGCAGACGUGUCGUCAGGCCUACUCGGAUUGAGUCACCAUCCACCGCGGCAGCAACAUCAGCACUCCGACUACAUCUUGGCCAAAAAUACCAGUUGCCAUGGUGCCCUGGAGGGCGGUGGAGACGAGGUGGAUGAAGAGGAGGCGUUUGCAGGUUCGUCUCCCUCCGGCCCGGCGACCGAGUUGGUCGCGGACACGGCGAGCUCCGAUUGCACUGACUGGCGGUUGCCAUCGGCUCAUCAUGCCUUGGUCAGCCUCCUCGCCGGUCUACAGCAGCACCACUACACCAGUUACCAUGGCCUCCAGCCUCAUUCGCACCGGUCGCCGGCGUCUUUCGGCUUCGCAACCGGCCUCAGCUUCCCUCCGGCCGGGCUUCAAGCGCCCCUGGAGACGGGCGGAUGGCCCGUCUCGUCGGUCAACUUUGGGACUCGAACGUCAAGGCGACCGACCGACCAUUUCCCGAGGGUGGGGAGGAAGGAAACGGAGGGGGCAGAAGAGGAGAUGGAAGAGGAAGUGGAGGAGGAAGAGGAGGGGGAGGAGGAAGAGGAGGAUGAGCAGGAGGAGGCGGAGGAGGAGGAGGAGGGGGAGGAGGCGGCGGAGGAGGAGGGGGAGGAGGAAAACGGGGCAGAGGAGCAGCGAAAGGGUGGCGGCCGUCGGCGAUGGCGUCGAGGACGACCGGCUCCGGCGCGACAGCAUCCGCUGACGGAGCGACAGGCUCUGCUGCCGCAACCUGUCGCCGAGGCGGCCGAGGACAAGUUGAGAGAUGCGCUUUCCGGCUGCCUUCAUGUGGCGGGACUCGAACCGACCGCCUCAAUGAUGCCCACGCUCGGACGGGCCGUCGACGCCACGGCGACACGUGGUCUCUCGGGUCAACUGCCGCUGAUGCUGGGCAUGGUGACGGCCCUUUUGCGUCAAGCCGCCGGCGGCUCGCUGCCGGUCGGCCCCGGCGACCUGAUGAUGCUGCGCUGCGCUGCGAUACCGGCUGUCGCGUCGCCCCCCUCUCUGCCGGCCCCGCUCUUCGGCUCGCUGUCGCCGGGACAACCAGAACAAUCGGGACAACCGGGACAACCGGGCUUGGUACAUCUGCCGUCGUCGUCGUCGUCGUCGUCGUCGCCACCGCCGCCGCCGCUGCUUCCGUCUCUCUUCGCCUCGCAACCGCUGUCCAGCCUCUCGCUACCCUUUCGCAUGCCGCAUCUGCCACCGUCGCCGUCGCCGUCGUCGUCGCCACCAUCUGCCCUGUUGCCAGGCCUGCCGAGACACAGUCAACCGGCAGCACCUCUUCACUCCCACAGGCUGGACACGAUGCCAGCAAUGCGUCCUCCCCAACUGGCCGAACUCACCGACUCGCCCGGACUGCCGCUAUUCCACGGACUCACAUGGCCCCACUUCAACGCGAGCAGAAGUGGCAAUCUCUCGCUAUAG